AUGCGGUUCUUCUCACAGAGGCUUGGGAAAUCCCAGCCAACUUUCUUGAUCGUGUUCUUAUGUUUGAUUUCCAUCGCCGCUCGAGUUUCUGCGGACCCUGCGGCCACUACCGACGCCCAGACCACCGACGAUCUCUCUACCACCACUGCCUCGACCACAGAGUCCACAUCUUCUACAUCAACAACGGAUAGCACAACCACUACAAGUACGACGUCCUCGUCAUCAACGACAUCCACAAGCAUGACUUCAACCACUACUUCCUCAACAUCCUCGACUACGUCUGACAGCAGCACCACAACAUCCUCCGUUUCCACAACAACAGGAUCAACGUCGUCAUCCUCAUCCUCAUCGUCAACCACAACUGCGGCUGCGAUCGUGACUGUACCCCCAUCCGCCGGUGCCCCAUACAUGCAAACAUCAAACACACCGGAAGGAACUGUCUUCAUCGCCGUCGGUGCGAUCCUAGGCUUCAUCGGGCUAGCCGUCCUAGCAUGGCGGGGCAUGGUGGCAUGGUCAGUGAAUCGCUCAGUCCGGCGCGCUGCCAUGGCGCAGUCUGCAGAGUCCAAGCGCCUCCUGCGUGGCAGCCGAAAGAAGCGAUCCACACCCGUGUACUCCUCCGCGCCGGCAAUGGACGUCUCCCUCGACAAACUCGGCACAGCCACUCGCGCCAGCUACAAGCCAUCGCGACGAGUCCCCAGCAACAACAGCGGCUUGUUCUACUCCCCCACUGCAGGUGGUGGGGCAGGGUCGCAUAACAGUCUGAACACCCCUGCAGGCAAUCGUAAUUCCAACUACCUCCCUGCCGGGUUCUACGCUGCUGCUGGCAGCUCCACCCCCGUCCGCGAUUCGGUCAACCCAAGCUACCCCUCCGGAUCCCCGUCUCUCCCGCCUACUGGUACCUAUCAUGAUGCGCCGCAUAAUACGCGCCACUCGUACGUCGGUGAUUCUACGAGUUCCUUGAACCUGAACCAAGCUCCCGGGGGCCGCGCUCCAAGUGCAUACUUGGAGGACCUGUUUGAAAGUCAUACGUCGCCUCGGAACUCCGAGGCUGGUCGUCGGUGA